CCCCCCGCCUGGUUUGGUGAGGCAGGACGGAUCUCUCCAUCCCUCCAGCAGCAGCAGCAGCAGCCUCAGAGAUGGCGGACCCGGCGGAGUGCACCAUCAAGGUGGUGUGUCGCUUCAGGCCGCUCAACAGCUCCGAGGUGGCGCGCGGAGACAAGUACAUCCCAAAGUUUCAGGGGGACGACUGUGUGCAGAUCGCGGGAAAACCAUACUAUUUUGACCGUGUGUUCCAGUCCAACACAACCCAGGUGCAAUUCUACAAUGCUGUGGCACAGAAAAUUGUCAGAGAUGUCCUGGAGGGAUACAAUGGAACAAUAUUUGCUUAUGGACAGACAUCGUCUGGCAAAACACAUACAAUGGAGGGGAAGCUUCAUGACUCAGAAAUGAUGGGAAUCAUUCCUAGAAUUGUAGAAGACAUCUUCAAUUACAUUUAUUCCAUGGAUGAAAACCUGGAGUUUCACAUAAAAGUUUCAUAUUUUGAAAUCUACUUGGACAAAAUUAGGGACUUAUUGGAUGUGUCUAAGAUCAACCUUUCGGUGCAUGAAGACAAGAACAGGGUGCCCUAUGUCAAGGGGUGUACUGAGCGGUUUGUGUGCAGUCCUGAGGAAGUCAUGGACACCAUAGAUGAAGGCAAAAACAACAGACAUGUGGCUGUCACAAAUAUGAAUGAGCACAGUUCCCGAAGUCACAGCAUCUUUCUCAUCAACAUUAAGCAGGAAAACUCUCAAACGGAACAAAAGCUCACUGGCAAGCUCUACCUCGUUGAUCUGGCUGGAAGUGAAAAAGUAGGCAAAACUGGUGCAGAGGGAACAGUACUGGAUGAAGCUAAGAUGAUAAACAAGUCCUUGUCUUCUCUGGGAAACGUCAUAUCAGCUUUGGCAGAGGGUUCGAGCUAUGUUCCAUACAGAGAUAGUAAGAUGACCAGGAUCUUGCAGGACUCCCUGGGAGGAAAUUGUCGAACAACCAUGGUCAUCUGCUGCUCACCUUCUUCUUUCAAUGAUGCAGAGACCAGGUCCACACUGUUGUUUGGACAGAGGGCAAAGACCAUCAAGAACACAGUGAUUCUGAAUGUUGAAUUGACUGCAGAGCAGUGGAAGAAGAAGUGGGAGAAAGAGAAGGAAAAAAAUAAGACUCUGAAAAACACUGUCACAUGGCUGGAGAAUGAGCUGAACCGCUGGAGGAGCGGAGAGAGUGUGCCAGUGGAGGAGCAGUUUGACAAAGAAAAGGCCAAAGCAGAGGUGCAGGCGCUGGACAGUGCUCUGAACAAUGAUAAGGCAGCAUCCAAGCAGGUCCCCAGCACUCUCGCUGCAGUCAAACUCACAGAUACAGAGAAAGAGAAGUAUGGGGGAGAAAUGGCUAAGCUCUACAAAGAGCUUGAUGACAAGGAUGAGGAGAUCAACCAGCAAUCGCAGCAGGUGGAAAAGUUGAAGCAGGAGAUGUUGGACCUGGAGGAGCUUUUAAGUUCCUCUCGUCGUGACCACGACACCCUUCAGACUGAGCUGAACAGACUGCUGGCUGAGAAUGAGGCAUCCAAGGAAGAAGUGAAGGAGGUGCUGCAGGCGCUGGAGGAGCUGGCUGUUAACUACGACCAGAAGAGCCAGGAAGUUGAGGACAAAACAAAGGAGUUUGAGGCUCUCAGUGAGGAGCUGAACCAGAAGUCUAGCUCCUUGGCCUCCAUCGACUCUGAGCUUCAAAAACUGAAGGAGAUGACCAACCACCAGAAAAAGAGGGUCACUGAAAUGAUGUCGUCCUUGCUGAAAGACUUGGCUGAGAUUGGUAUUGCCGUGGGAAGCAAUGAUGUCAAGCAACAGGAGAGCAGUGGCCUCAUUGAUGAAGAGUUCACUGUGGCUCGACUCUACAUCAGUAAGAUGAAGUCUGAGGUGAAGACCAUGGUGAAGCGCAGCAAACAGCUAGAGAGCACUCAGGCUGAGAGCACCCAGAAACUGGAUGAGACUGAGCGGGAACUGACAGCCUGCCAGCUCCGCAUCUCCCAGCAUGAAGCUAAAAUCAAGUCCCUGACAGAGUCCCUGCAGAAUGUGGAACAAAAGAAAAGACAAUUGGAGGAAAGUGUUGACUCUUUAAAUGAAGAAAUGGUGAGGAUCAAAGCACAGGAGAAAGUUAUAACCAUGGAGAAAGACAAUGAGAUCCAGUCAGCUAAUGAAGUCAAGGAGGCUGUGGAGAAGCAGAUCCAGUCUCACAGAGAAGCCCAUCAGAAGCAGAUCAGCAAUCUGAGGGAUGAACUCGACAACAAGGAGAAAAUCAUCACAGAGCUGCAGGAUUUGAACCAGAAGAUCGUCCUUGAGCAGGAAACACUGAAAGUGGAGCAUGAGAAGCUGAAGACAGUCGACCAGGAGAAGAGUCGGCAGUUGCAGGAGCUCACGGUGCUCCAGGACAGACGAGAGCAGGCCAGGCAGGACCUGAAGGGGCUGGAGGAGACUGUGGCCCGGGAGCUGCAGACCCUUCACAACCUGAGGAGGCUUUUUGUUCAAGAUUUGUCUACAAGAGUAAAAAGGAAUGUUCAGGACACAGAUGAAACUGAGGGCAGCACUGCUCAGAAACAGAAGAUCUGCUUCUUGGAAAGCAAUUUGGAACAGCUAACCAAAGUUCACAAGCAGCUGGUGCGCGACAAUGCUGACCUUCGCUGUGAGAUCCCAAAGCUGGAGAAGCGCUUACGGGCCAUGGCUGAGCGAGUUAAAGCCCUCGAAGCUGCUUUGAAAGAGGCCAAAGAUAAUGCAGCCCGCGACCGCAAGCACUACGAGCAGGAGAUGGAACGCAUUAAGGAUGCUGUGAAGCCUAAAAACAUGGGCAGAAGGCCUUCUGCUCAGAUAGCCAAACCCAUCAGACCAGGCCAGCUGCCAGGUUCCUCUCCUCUGAUCAGCAUCAACAGGUCCAACCUCAAACAGAGCAACCACUCGGCUGGCGUUAGAGGAGGGGGCAACGACAGCAGCUGAGGAAGUGCUCCGACAUCCCAACCAGAAGCAGCACAGCAGCUUUCCUCAACUCCGAAAUGUUUCCCACAUGCUGCGGGAUCAAAAACCCCUCUAUUCUUGUCUAUCACUGCACCCUUAGCUGUGGAGCUAAAUGACUUUCCAAACGACACGCAUGUAGAACAUGACAUGAAUGAAUCGUCCCUAAGCAUUGCUUUUCUACGCAGGAUGUGUUUUACUAGUCUCAUCAGAAAUAGGGCAGCGCUGGGCUGUGCUGUUCGCUGUGUGUAUCUGUCCAGACCUCUGCUCCUGUCAUUACCACCAACUGUAAGGACGGGUCAGUGCCUCAGGGGUCAGAGAGCUGCUGUAACUCUGGCUUUCUUCUCUUUUCUAAAACCAGCUAAGGUACUCUGUGGUGCUGGAAUGUAAGGGUGAACCUCCCCUGCUGGGGUUGGCAGUUGGUAUCCUACAGAUGAGGAAGGCCAUGUGUGGCUGGUCCUGACGGGGCUGCCUGUCACACUGACCUCUACAGAUGACCCCCACACAGUGGACAUUAAACCGGCUGAGUGUUUCCAAAGGACGCUUCCUGUCGUUUGUGUGCCUUAUUGAACCAAAUCUGA